AUGUACUGUAUAUCUGGUUACAGGGUUCCACCAAUAUCUAAGACUAAGAAAGUGUUGGUACCAAGUAAUGCUAUUAGUAGAGUUAUUGGACGUGGUGGUUGUAAUAUCAAUGCUAUAAGAGAUGUAUCAGGUGCUCAUGUAGAAGUGGAAAAACAGAAAGGUUUAUCAGAGAGAGCUAUUACAAUCAAGUGA